AAGAUGAUGAUGGUGGUGGUGUUGAUGAUGAUGACAGUGGCGAUGAAGUCAGCAGCCUACCCCAGAUAGGACACAAAAGACAGCAUCCUGUCAUCACUAGGGUCAGCGUGAUGUUCAAUCCUCUCGAUAGUGAAAGAUAUGACAGCUUCUCCAGCUCUUCCCCACCUAUUACUGAACCAUCAAAGCAUCAGGAAUGUUCUUCCAUGCAGAACCGUGAGUCAGCAGAAAGCCCACACUCCCUGCUACUGUUACUGCAUCAGAGAGAUCUGGAAAUCAAAGGUUUGAAAAGUGCUGCCCAGAAAGAGCAGUCUAACCGACUUAACUGGAUCUUGCAGGAGCUUGUGAGGCCAAGGCAGAAAGGACCACCUAAAAAAAGCCCAGUUGAAAUUGCCCUUCGGAAAGAAGUAGACCAACUGAACGAUGAACUAAAAGCUGUGAAGUGUGACCACAAGAAGGAGAUACAAGAGCUGGAAAAUCAUCUCACAAAAUCAAGAUUGCAUGCCCUGCAAUUGGAGCAGGCAGUGAGGACACUGUCAGCCAAAUCAGACUCCACAAUUUCAGAAGAUAGAUCAAAAGUAGCAAAUGAGAUUUUUGAGCUCUGGUCAGAAGCAGGAAGCAAGAUAACAUCCGAUACAAGUGAUCUAAGGCUUCGGAGAAUUCCAAAGCACACCAGCUUUGUUGAUGCCUUUCAUAAGUUUGGGAGUGUAACAUUAUCAGAUGAGGACAAAAAGGAAAUCAUCAAUAAAUUAGAAGCAUAUGCUCUAAAAGCACAAUCUUCUGGCACCACAGAUGAAAGUUCAACAGAAAGCUCAAGUCAGUUGCCCUCUGAACAAUCCUCAUUGGCUAUCGUCUCUUCUCACAAAUCAGAUCUCACUUCUUCUGUGUAUGAGACCAAAACGACAGAAUCUUCUUUGAGUCUGCCAUCAGGAGUGGAGAAAACCCAUCUAGAGAAAGUUCAUACCUUAGAUCAAUGGAGCCUCGCUCAGGCUGGCCUUACUCUUGGACAACUGUCAGAUGGAGAAAAAAUUCCACCUUCUACAGAAAUAUGUAAAAGGAGUCUUUCUGUCAAAACAGCCCCUCUCAAGAUUGUCCAGGUGCACCGUAAAGGCAAAUUUGUCAGAAUCCUCAACUCCUUGUUGAACAAAGAAGUGGACCUGAGUGGCUACAGCAUCCAACAAUGGGUUGGGGGAUACCCAGUUUCUAUCUACCGUUUCCCAAAUGGCACCAUUCUGCCUGCACAGCACCACAUUACUGUUUGGGCUGCUGCAGCUAACCUUGCUCAUGAGAAGCCUUCAGAUGAGUUAUCAGGCCCACGUUUCUUCAAAGCAGACCCUGGAUGCGUUACUGUCCUCUAUAAUCGCCGUGGUCAGAUGGUGUCACAACAUGCAAACGCUCACCAAUUCACAACAGCUGCAGAGGCCUACAGUGAUAACUUGGACCUUUCCGUGGACAAAUUUCCACUCAAAGAUGAUGAUGAACAGUAUGAUGAGUCCAUGCCUUCAAGAGAACUUGACUCCCACCAUAGCAAGCACUUGAGAUCAGGCCUCUUGUUCAAGAGAAGGUACACAAGACACCUUUCUAUUGAUACUUCAGCUACUAGCAAAACUCCACUUGGCUGUCCCAUAGGGAGCAAGGCAAAAAUCAGAGAAUUGAAUAAAGAAGCUCCUGGCUCUUUUUCCUCAAAAUCUCAAUCAUCUGCAGUCAGUGAGAGCCCUUCUUCAUCCAGCGAGGGAGAUUAUUUUGCAUUUCGUUCAUGGAAACCUAUAAUUCGAGAACCAGAAACUAGAGAGUUCAAGACUACACUGGACACUACACUUCCCAUGGUUUCUCUUAUAGGACAGAAGAGUGCUCGUUCAAAAUAUGGUUUCAAGAAAAUGCUCAUCAUUAUAACAAGCAUAACGUAUAUUGAAGAAUGUCCUGUAUACUGCAAUGACCAAAAUAUAGAAUGUGUGGCAAAGAUGGUGGUGUGUGUAUGGAGCAGGGAUGGAAUGGGUACGCAACAAUUUCCUGAUGGGGACAAAAUCUGAUGUUCCUGACCUCUCAGCCACAUUUGCAGACAGAAGUUAUCUACAGUCUGGAAGGAAUCUUGGGAAAGAAAUCUGCAUACUUUAAAAGGAUACCAUGGACUGCCAAGAAGAUAAAUGAGUGAAUAUAGCAAUGAAUCCUGAACUCUGACUAAAAACCAG